AUGAUCUUGCGAUGUUUGCAACCCAGGUUGGCGCUUGGUCGUCGAGCUUUCAGUACCACCGUAUCCCGAAGAGAGAUCUUGGAUGCCGAAAGCCUGCCGAACAGGAUAAUUCCUACUUAUCAAGAGAGCCAGACAAGUGACCUACUCUCCCUACAAUGGCCUUCGCCCCCACGAAACAUUCUCCUAGUCAAGAAGAAACACGCUCCAAACGUAACGGAAUCGCUCAUCGAGUUCGCGAGGCAUAUACAUUCCAACUACGACGAUGUUGCUCUUAUAUUCGAACCCAAAGUCGCUGCCCAGAUGCACAAGCACUUUUCAUUUCCAAUUUACACGUCUAGCACGUCGCACGCGUUGUCUUCGAAGGUUGAUAUGACCACUACGCUAGGAGGUGAUGGGACAAUACUACACGCGUCUUCGCUGUUUGCGACGACGCUACACGUACCACCAAUUUUGUCGUUUAGUAUGGGAAGUUUAGGAUUUCUCGGGGAAUGGAAGUUUGAGGAAUAUAAGCGGGCAUUUAGGGAAGUGUACAUGUCGGGUGCUGGAGCUGGGUCACCACUACUCCAAGAUCAGAAGCACCCACACGUCAAAGAAGGUGCUGUUACAGGGUGGUCGAGCGUGAGAGGGAAAUCCAUGGGACCAACACGUAGCUCGAAAGUGCUACUUCGGAAUCGAUUAAAGGUUGGAGUUUUUGACGCCGCAGGUCAGCGUGUGAUAGGGGAUGAUAGUUCGGAAAGUGCAGAAGGAGAUGUACAUGCGAUGAACGAGGUGAUAAUUCACCGCGGAAAGGAAGCACACCUGGCCAUUAUCGAUAUUUACGUUGGUGGCCGCUUCCUAACAGAGGCAGUUGCAGAUGGGAUGAUCAUAUCUACACCGACGGGGAGCACAGCAUACAGUCUGAGCUCUGGUGGCAGCAUUAUCCACCCCCUGGUCAGCAGUCUCUUGAUGACGCCUAUCUGUCCAAGGAGUUUAUCUUUUCGUCCGUUGAUUUUACCUGCAAAUACCCCAAUCACGUUACGUUUGAGUGAGAAGAACCGUGGAAGAGAAUUAGAAGUGAGCAUUGAUGGACGAAGGCGCAGCGUUGGAGUUGGUGUCGGCAUGGAAGUACGAGUUAAUGGAGAACACAUCUCAAGGGGUCAGGCUUGGGUGGGAGGCGUCCCGUGUGUGAUGCGAGGAACGAGAGCCGAGGAUGAUGAUGGCUGGGUGGGAGGCUUGAAUGGGUUGCUUAAAUUCAACUACCCAUUCGGAGAGCAGUAA